CUGUGAAGUUUUGUGCAGCUGAUAGACCUGAAAAACUGGUUAAAUUAGUAUUUCAAGUGCUAAGAAUCUGACAUAUAAAUUAGCAUGAAGCAUGCAAACCACACCUACCAGCCUCACUGAGCAGCAAUAAAAUGCUGUGCAAAUCCCAGGGGAGAGCAGAGAGAAGGAUCUCUCCCAAGGCACAGGACUUUAUCACAUCAGUGCAGAUGAAAUAAACCAAACCAGAAGCUCAUUGGGGAUUGCAGCUUAAGACGUCACUCUCUUUUAAAAGAUCCCCCUACAGAAAUCUGAACUUCAUAUAGUCUGAACCUCAACCACUGCUCAAGAAGAAAUGGAGAAAACAGGGGAGGCUGAAAUGAUGAAGCCCCACAAAACCGUACAACAGGAAAUGAACGAUUUAUUCAAUCAUUUUAAGGAGCCACCUCCAGGUACGGUUGUGACCCAGGCAUUACCAGAUCCCUGGUACUUCAAAAUUUGGGAUAUUAACCAGAAGUACCUCUUGUUAGUGGGUGACCGGCUGCUCUCAGCUCCCAGGAAUUCCAACUCACCAGGUAACAGCUCCUACCAUGCUUCUCAGUUCCUCCACCCCAGGUGGCUGGCUGUUCUCAAGUGGAACUCGGGGCUAAUUGCUGUGAUCCCAAAUCAAGCUAUUGGGAUAAAAGAUGAAAGAACAUCCGCCAUCUUUAUGGGUAACGAAGAUGGGCAACGUACUUUGUCCUGUGUGGAAGAUGGUGGUCAACCUCGCCUAAAGUUAGCGGGAGAAAAAAUUAUGGAUCUAUAUAAUAAUAAAAAAGAGGAAUCCAAGAACUUCAGUUUCCUCUGCAAGACUGGCAGCGGCAAGGAGACCGGCAGCUUUGAAUCUGUAGCGUUCCCAGGAUGGUUUCUUAGCACUUCGCCAGAGCCAAACAAGCCUAUUGGUUUGAGCCAGCAAGGAGGUGCUGAGAUCACUGAAUUUUUCAUGGAAAAAACAAAUAAAGGGGCAUGAGGUGCUGUUGCCAUUCUAUAGACCCUGUAUUGGU